GCAAGUCCACGGAAUGUGAUUCCAAAACGGAAAGAUCGUUACUUACAGUUGCGUGUGCAUUCCUAGAAGUAGUUUAAAAGAAGUGAAUACAUUUUAAAACGUUAUUUACACGAAUUGAUGUCCGCCAAUACACAAUAAUUUUGACAACACACCAGCAACACUGAAAAUCAUAACGAAAUUAAUGACCAGACUGAAUCGUUUAUUUGAUCGACUGGUAGGGGCUGCAAGCAGAUGAUAAAAUCCUCGCGGGAGCUGUAGACAACUUAGCGGCAACCCAUACCACGGAAGCAACUACGAUUGAUCAUCAGGAAUCCUUUACUGGAUGUAAUUGGAAAAUUACCACAAUGUUUUUCUGUGUUUGAGAUUUGUCCCGAGCUGCCGAACAAGUACUUUUACAAAUCGCUCCUCUGCUCCAAGUGCCUUGUCUGCUGUCCUCUGCGCAAAUAAACCAGCCGGACCAACUGCUUUAAUAACUAGUACUACAUAACCGACUUUGAAUAUGUCUGGCGAGUGUACCCAAGGGGGCAUAAGCAAGGUUAUCCUAUGGGCAGUGCCUAGGAGUAUCUCGACUGCCUUCUUCAGGGCUAUAAUGGCCAACGGGAGAUCAAAGGUGAUACUGGAACCAUUUGCAAAGGCGUACUACUACGGAUCGGAACGCCUCAGUAAACGAUAUGGCGACUCUCCUGUUGAGACCAACUCCACUUUCAUGGACAUUAAAAAGUAUUGUGAACAAGAUUUCAAAGAUUGUGAUUCAGUGUUCAUAAAGGACAUGGCUUACUAUCUGGCUGGUAAAUUAGACACUCCCGCUUUACUCCCAGAAGGAUUCAUGCACACCUUCCUUAUCAGGGACCCAAGACGUGCAAUCGCGUCUUUGUACAAGUUAUCGACCAAAAAAGAAGUUACAGGAUGGGACCAUUUUGAUGCAGCGGAAGCAGGUUUCAAAGAGCUAGAGGAACUUUACAACCUAGUCACUAAACAGUUGGGCCAAGAUGCUAUUGUUGUUGAUGCAGAUGACCUUAUCAAAUAUCCAGAUGACGUUUUGAAGACAUAUUGUAAGAAAACGGGACUAUACUACGACCCAAAGAUGAUCGACUGGCGCGAUAGUCCCCUUGAUAUGUCUGUAUUUGACGAAUGGAUGCCAUGGUUUGAGGGGGCGCUUACCUCGACCUCAUUUCGCUCUAGUGGUACUGGUGGACGUUCCCCCGAACCAAGCGAACUUCCCGAUGAUGUCAUCAAUUGUAUAGAUCGCUGCAUGUUAAUUUAUAAUAGACUUUAUGCCAAACGUACGACUCCAUGUACGCUUAGAAUAUGAAGAAUAUGAAGAACGCGUAGUCGUCAGAAGUAUGCACAGCUAGGGUUACUUCUUAAGUAUCGUUAAAUUAGAUGGACGUAAAUUGUAUUAAUAGACAAAACAUUCCUCGCAAUUGGAGAAAGCGAAGUCGUUGCUGUUUAUGUUUCAUAUUGGAACGACAGCCUAUUUAUAUUGUAAUGUUACUUUUAGGUGACGUAACAAUUUGCCUGGCCUCCUGGACCAAUGUAUCGUCAUACUUUUAACGCCGUAAAAUCUACUUGGCGUCAAGUACGAUUUUACGGCAACGAAACUGGUUUUGAACUGCGUCAAAAACGAUUUCAUUUGGCGUCAAAAACGAUUUCAUACAGCGUCAAAAAUGAUUUGAACGACGUCAAUAAUGACUUUGAACGGCGUUAAAACGAUUUCGACCGGCGUUAAAAAUGAUUUUGAACGGGAUCGAAACCUGGUCGAAACCGAUUAAGAGAACUGCAUGUGGGACACUUAAAUUACGUUUUAGUUGGCAGCCAAUCAAAACCAGCGUUACAAUCAUUUUGAAAUGCCAGUAGUUUGAUUGUGCGAAAUCAUUCCUGACGCCAUAUAGAAUAGUCAUUAC